CUCCUUCUUCUCCUUCUUCUCCUUCUUCUCCUUCUUCUCCUUCUCCUUCUCCUGCCAGGGCAUACCCUAUGUGCUAUGUCUCUUGGCUAUAAAUUCAUCAUCACUCCUAGUAGACAACCGUGAUGUGAAAUUCAAGGCCAGGUCAAUGAAAAUACAUUUCUUAAUUAUAGCUGUUGUAGUGAGAAAGUCAAACUCAUCAGUAUUCAGGAGAUGAAGAUGAAUGCCACACAGGCCUGGAAUCAGCAGAGGGACACUCUGAAACAUGUGAUGGAAGAGCUCAAAAUGAAAUUGCUUGAGAAUAAAGUAGAGAUUAUUACAACCUGCGAAUCUUUCUCCCUACAGGGCAGCAUGAUGUGUAAGCAGGAAUCCAAUGGACACAAGAGUGCAUCCUGGGAGUUUGGAUUUGAUGGACAGAUAGCUCUCGGCUUAGACGCCGAGAGCAGAAGCUGGACACUGUUGGAGGAUGAAGGUGGAGUGCUAAAGGAGACAUUGGCGAGUGCCAGAGCUAUGACCGAUCUCCUUGUUAGGACCUCAGCUGGAGACUGCAGGGAGUGGCCUAAACACAUUUUGUGUCCCCAGGAUGGAGUUCUGAGCACAACAGCUACACCAGCCACAACCAGAGCCACAGUUCUAUCCAAGGCCACAAGGAAGAUGUCCCUCACGGCAAUCAUCCCUGUGAUCCCCACCUGCUGGAUCACAGUUGGCAUCCUGUGGAGGUCAUUACAGUCACAGGCCACCUGCCCCUCACUGCCCACCCAGUUCUGCCCUCAGUACCUGUUACUGCGAAGGAACCGGCGUAGAAAGAUGAAACCUAAGACCAAGACAACAGGCACACCCACGAUGCCUCCCAAGAUGGCAACAAUAGUAUCUUUGAUUGUCCCUUCGGUCGUGGCUGGUGCAGCUGUGACUGUGCUUGUUGUGGCUGUGGCUGGGGAUGUGACUAGUGCACCUGUGACUGUUCUUGGUGUGGCUGUGGUUGGAGCCGUGAUUGGUGCAGCUGUGACUGUGCUUGGUGUGGCUGUGGUUGGAGCCGUGAUUGGUGCCCCUGCAAUGGAAACACAAGCGGGACAUCGUGCGAAGAACCCAAAUUGA